UGGAUUCUGAAAUUUAGCCAGCUUAACAAGUUCGUAAAAAAUAUCCUGUAAUGAAGAGAAGAAAUGUUGAAUCAGGAAAUACGGCGGGCAAAUUGAGACGGGCUGCUAAACGCAGCAAAUUAAAUGAUGGUUACAGCCCAUUGAACGUAAUCAUCAAUUUUAAAUUUUUAUUCAUCUGGUUAUUGGUGAUCAUAUUGGAUUUUAUAUCCGAAUUUCGUUUCGAAUUAUUAUAUCCAUUAUGGGCAUUUUUUUCAAAUUCAAGUGAGACAUUUAGAUAUAAGGGCAUGUCAUAUCUAUUUUCCUAUGUAUUCAUAACGAUUACGAUCGAUAUGUGUUGCUAUUAUAUAAUGCCGAUACAAUGGCUAUUUUUUGCUUCAAGCACAUAUGUUUGGCUACAAUUUACAUGCUGGUAUUCGGAACGUGGCCUAACAUUGUUUACCAUAAUGAUUUGGUUUAUAUUAAUUAUGAUUGAAACAUUCGUACGAUUAAAAGAGAUGAAAAAUGUGCCAUUUCAAUAUGAGAUUUGUCGUCCAUUUGCCGCACAUGGUGUCGGCUAUCCAAUAUUGACAUUCGGUAUCGAAUGUAAAUCCUACGUACAUUAUCGUCUACGUUUACAUAGGAAACGUAUCGUUGCCAAAGAGAAUGAUUUUUAUUAUUCACUAUUAAAACAGGCAAUCGAACCUCCACCAUCAAUAUCAUCACAAACAACAUCCAAUACUAAUGAUGCAACUCAUCAAACGACCACCGAUUCAUCAAUGCCCAUCAUUGCCUCAACAUCUUUGAAUCAUAAUGAUCAUAAUGAACAGCAAUCAAAUUUGAACAGAGCGUCGAUACAGAACGGUAUUCAUGAUGGUGUUUCAACAUCAUCAUUGUCAUUACGAAUGAUGUUAAUGGCGAAUAAUACGAUCUCAUUUGUUCAUACAAACAACGAAAGCAACAGUAAUAAUAAACCAUCAUUAAUGUCUAAUCGUCGUAACAAUAUUAAUAGUAAUGAACCAUAUGGGCGAUUUCAUCGUAGAUGGCUUCAACGAUUAAAAUCCUGGGCCAACAUUAUCAAUGGGCUGAUCGUGAAUAUUGGAAAACAAUUUUUCCAUACGAUUAGCCGGAUAUUGCAUUUCUAUCGAAUGGCCAUCAUUUACAUUUUAUGUUCAUUAUCUCCACAAGUAUUAUAUAAACGAUUUUCGAUGAUCUUCAAACAUCAAUCAUCAAUGGUCAUUCAUAAUAAUAAGAUCAAAAUGAUGAAAUCAUCAGAUUGUCCCAUUGCCAAUGGUAAUCAUGAUCAUCUGCAUCAUUUAUCAAUAAAUGGAUCGAAUGAUGUUCGUAAACGAUCGAUGACUGCAAGUGAUUUGGAUAAAUCAAUCAAGAAUCAUCAUAUGCAUCAUUAUCGUUCAAAAUCUACCGAAUCAAAUAGUGAUGAAGAUUUUUCAAAUGAAUUUUUAAAUAAACCGGAAAAGAGUAGUGAUCAAUCAGAAAAUAUGGAUAAAGUGUCAAUUUCUUCAGUGAAACGUAUGAAUAGCCAGUGCAUAAAUGUUGAUUCAACCAGUGAUUUAAAUCUGAUAAAAUCGACGUCCAAAGAUUUAAAUAAAAUUCAAAUGGCGAAUGGAAAAAAAAGUAAAUCUAAUAGUCAUCAUCAACGAAACAAUGGAUCUAUAAUUGGCGACAAUACCACAGCAAUGUCGACAAUAGAUUCUAAUCUAAGUCAUACACUGGAAUUGAUCAAAACAAAAGAUGAUCAUAUUUGGAAAAUGGAACAGGAUAAUCUUCGAUUGAAAUCUGAUCUACAAACAAUACGUCAAUGUGAAUCCGAUUUGAGAAAACAGAUGGAAACAUUUCGUAAUGAAGAGAAAAUCUUUCGAAAUUCUAUUGCAAAUUAUCAGCAAGAUAUUGAACAUUUACAAAAAAAAAUACAAAACUAUUUGCAAGCUAAACAACAGGAUAGACAAACUAUACAAAAAUUAGAAAAACAAUUGGAUGAUGAGAAAAAAAGAUCAAAACAAUCAAUUGAAAUGCAGACAGUUUCGGAAAAGAAAGCUAAACAAGUCGAAGAAAAUGCAGCACGACAAAUAGCGAUGGCUACCGCAGCAGCAGCAGCCGCCGCUAAUACACGUUCGUCGACAAUGGGUUGUUCGGACAAUUGUCGUGUAAAGCAACGAGAUUUCGAAAUCGAAUUGGCCAAUCUUCGAAAAGAAUUAUCCGCUAAAGAUGAACAAUUACGAAGAAAAGAAUUGUUAAUCGAAGAAUACAAGAAUAAUGGCGAUAGAUUAGUAUCGGCAUUGACCAUCAUACAUGAUCAAAAUGCCCAGCUAGAAACAUCAUUGAAAUUGGAAAAAGUCAUACGUGCCGAAAUAUUUGCGACACUUGAAGAGGCUAAACGUCAGAUGCAUAAACAACGAUUAAUGUGUUUAGAUUACGAAAAAGAAAAUCAUGAUUUGAAAACUAAAUUGUUUCUCAACUCAUCAUCAUUAUCAUCAUUGACUAGUAAUGUUAAUGGAUCUGGUAUCAGUCUAAAUCCAUUGAACGGUUUUCAUUCAUCAUCCUCUUCAUCAUCAUCACCAUCGACAACAGCAACUACAACAAGCGAUUUGGAGCUUGUAAAUCGAUGUUUUUCUCGUUGUUCACCUAAUUCAACAUCAGCGACAACUGCAACCGGUUCCACAGCUACACCGCCAUUGAAUCAUUCACAAAUAUCAUUACCAUUUUGUGGUAAUAUAUCGCCAUCCAAUUCGAAUAACAAUAAUAAAAAUGGUGGUAAUAGUAAUUAUAACCGAAUGAAUCGGAUAACAUCACCACCAUUACCAACGCACAAUUUGCAUGAUGCAUUUGCUGUAUCGGCACCAACGUUAGAAAAUGGUUGGCCAACACAUCAUCAUUCUCAUUCAUCACCAUCUCCACAUCUCCCGUCAAAUAGCACAACAACGGUUUCAACUACUGGCCAUAUGAUAACCAUAUCUAAUUCAAAUACCAAUAUCAAUAAUGCAGAUAAUUUGGGCAGCACAGCUAAUUUGUCGUUUAAUAGUUUUGAUUUUUGA